AUGCCCGAGUCACUUCAAAAUGGCACGACAAUGCCAAAUGUCGUCUAUGGUUUCAUCGGUUUAGGAAACAUGGGAUACGGCAUGGCCAAGAAUUUGAGACUGUCAAUGCCGAAGAAUUGCAAACUUUUGGUUUGUGAAUUGAAUACCGAACGAAGAAAUCAAUUCGUGUCUGCCUUUGGUAAAGAAGGAGGAGGAGGAGGUCCAAUCGAAACUGCAGAAUCUCCAAAAGAAAUAGCAGAGAAAUGUGACAUAAUCAUCACAAGUUUACCACAUGGUGAUGCGGUGAAAAAGGUGUUUAUAGACCCUAAAACGGGGUUGCUAUCGAUUUCUCAACAUUCUCAGUCCGGUACCGGUAACCGAAAAUUCUUUUUGGAAACAUCAACAAUCGAAGUACGAACAUCAAAUGAAGUUCUUGAACAUGUUCAAAAGUCUGGGUUGGGUGAUUUCAUCGACUGUCCCGUUUCUGGCGGUAUACCUGCUGCGGAUCAAGGAAAUCUGACAUUCAUGGUCGGUGGUACUCAAGAGUUACUCGACAAGGCGAAACCAGUACUGGCGACCAUGGGAAAGUCAGAGAACAUCAUCUUCUGUGGUCCUCCUGGAGCAGGAUUGGCAACGAAACAAAUCAACAAUUAUAUCGCCAAUGUUUCUUAUAUUGCACUGUGUGAAGGAAUGAAUACGGGCAUAAAGUACGGUCUUGACCCAAAGGUUCUUACAGAUGUCAUCAACGUCUCCAGUGGCAUGUGUUGGAAUUCGUUACACAUGAAUCCGGUGAAAGGGGUACAACCGAACUCGUCAUCCUCCAAAGACUUUGAAGGAGGUUUCAAGACCGAAUUGGCAAAGGGUGUCAUGGACAUGACGGUACAAUUGAUGGACGAUGUGGGUGCGAAGCACGUCAUGGGUAACGUCGUGACGGACGUCUACGCCAGAGCCGUCAAGCACCCGAGAUGUGCGGACAAGGAAUGUCGAAGUAUCUACAGACUCUUUUCCGAGAACGAAGGCAAAGAUUUGGGAAAUACAAAGAUUGAUUGA